AUGUAUACAGGAAACACCGGAAAUGAAAAAGUACAAAGAUCUAGUGGAAAUAUUGGCAAAGCAUUUGGAACCAGCACCAUCCAUCAUAGCGGAAAGUUCCGAAAAAGAAGACAAGAGCAGGGUGAGACCGUUGCCCAUUUUCUAGAUGCACUGAAAAAUUUAGCAAGAGACUGUGAUUUCAAAACCACUCUGGAUGAUAAUCUGAGAGACACAUUGGUCUCAGGGCUAAAGUGCGAAAUAAUCCAGGAAAGAUUAUUUUCGGAAAAGGAUUUAAGAUUUACCAAAGCAUAUGAGUUGGCAAGAAACAUGGAAGCAGCAGAAAAGGAUGUUAUGUUUAUGGAUAACACUUCAAAGGUCAAAGGUCAAACCGAAUUCAAGCGGCCAGUUCAAAUGAAUAAAGUGGUGGUAGUGGUGCGCGCGCAAAGCAGUUUAAAAAUGUUGGAUAUUCGCGAAAUAAUGCAAUGCCCAACAAAGAGCAUGCGUGUUUUUGUUGUGGAAGAAGAAACUCCCGCCAGGGUGAGUGUUUCUAAAAGAAUUCUUCUUGCGACAUCUGUGGACAGAAAGGGCAUUUAA